ACCUCUUCCUCGUUGCCGUCGACGAGGGCGAAGAGCCCUGGCGGAGGCGGUAAAGGAGCAGCGGCUACAGGGAGUGCGGACCUCGACGCGAUGAGGUUGCAGCAGUUGCGGCUGAAGAAGGAGAGGCUGGCGUAUGCGGUGGGCCGUUUGGAGCUGCAGGCGGGGCAGAAGCAGAGGCAGUUGAGGAAGAGCAUGGCGGCGGUGUGAAUUGAUCAAUGGGGAAGAUGGAGAAGAUGGUGGAGAAGAAGAAGAAGAAGAAGAAGAAGAAGAAGAAGAGAGGUGGAAUUGUUGAAUGUAUAUACCCCAAUGCGAAACACGAGAGAGAGAGAGAGAGAGAGAAAUCAAUCCAAGACCAAAACGAAGGAGGAGGAGGCCAUUCGAAAACAGACAUUCUUCCCAUCAACGAUGACAAUGAUAAUAAUGACAAUGAUAAUGAUAGUAAUGAAAGGCAAGAAGAGGAAGAAGCCGUUCGCUCCUCCGUGCUCCGAAUGAAGCCGCACCUAGGCUCGGGGAGGAAAAAAAAAACAAAGAAAGUGGAACACCAGAGGAAAAAAGAAAAGAAAGGCGAGGAUAAAUAACCUGCAACCAAGAAGGUACGAAAGAAAGAAAGGAAGAAAUAAACCAAUAAAUGAAUAAAGGAAGGAAGG